AUGCCCCCUAAAACAAAAAGGAAAAAACAGACUGAAAAGGACUUACAAGAAUUUGAAGAAACAGAAAACAGGCUUAUUACCAAAGUUCUUCAUUGGCAUAAGGAUGGUGCAAAUAGUAUUAGAGCUUUAUUAUUAGAUGGACAAGGUAAAAUGGAUGCUAGAAAACAUACAAAAUUAAAAAGUUUAUUGGACGAAAAAGAUUUUAAAGAAGAUUGUCAAUCAUGGUUAUACCAACAAAAACCAGAAUUAUGUUUUUCCAAAAAUUUGAAAGUUUAUAUUGAAGAAACUUUAUUUCCUAAAUUAACUGGCCAUAUUAAAAGAAACAUAAUUUCUGAAAAAACCUGCUGA